AUGGGGGCUUCGCUGCACUUCUUUUCUUUGCUGCUCCCCGCAGUCAGUUGGCUGCAGAGCACUGCAGCAGCACAGCAGCAGCAGCAGCACCAGCCCGUCACCUUCGGCAGCGCAAUUAUUCUUGAACACGAGGCCACGCGACACAAACUGUACUCGGGGAAGAUAUCCUGGAGCUCCGCCUCGGCUGGGCAGGCAGUGACAGCGCAGCCCAGCAGCGACUCCCCCUCCUUCUGGCUCGUCCGGCCGCCGCCGCUGAAGGGCCCCGAGCCCUUUGACCCGCAGCAGCAAAAGGGGGGUGCUGCUGCUGCUGCUGCUGCUGCUGCUGCUGCUGCGGGGUACGCGGGGGCCGGCGCUGCAGUGCCCUGCGGCGCUGCUGUUGCGCUGCAGCACGUCGGCAGCUGGGCGACGCUGCGAGCAGCACAGGCGGAGGCCCCGCUCUCGCCCAACUACGAAGUUGCGGCGGCGCCCAACCCUGAAGGCUUGUCUGGGGUGUUCGUGGUGGAGUGUACAGACAGCAAUGACUUCUGGCGAACGGGGCAGCCAGUCAAGUUGAAAAACAAACUUUUGAAUUCCAAUCUUCAGGCCUCAACGCAGCAUAUGUUCAACUACAGCAACUGCGGGAGGGGCUGCCCCAUUGCGCAGCACUUGGAGGUUUCUGUUUCGAAGGCAAGGCCCUCGGGCUGGUCGUGGGGCAAAGACCCGGACUUGUGGGUGGCGCAGCCGCACCUGCUGUUUGCUGCUGAGGGUGCAGCAGCAGCAGCAGCAGAGGGGGACUUCCGAGAUGAACUCUAG